CUGGGGACUCUUGGGUGAGUGAUUAUGUUUUUGUUUUUUUACACUGCCAUCGUAACUGUUAUGAGGCUUUAUGCGCAUCCCCCUGUGUUCUGGCCUAACUUUGAACAGUAUCUCUGGAAUGAAUCGUCCUAAAUGUGUUAAUGUAUUAAGGAGUUUUACAACCUUUCCAGAAUACUAGAGCAGAUAUUUCAUCCAUCGAACCUGCGUACACCUCGGACACAUACGCUGUUACAGUCUACGGAAGGUCUGAAAGGCUACUAGCGGAUAUAACAGACACAAGUGACUACAAGAAGCUAUAACAGAUAUUUCAUCCAUCGAACCUGCGUACAUCUCGGACACAUACGCUGUUACAGUCUACGGAAGGUCUGAAAGGCUACUAGCGGAUGUAACAGACACAAGUGACUACAAGAAGCUAUAACAGAUACACGAGGCUACAACACAUACAAGCAGCUUCGAGAGGAUACUAUUGAUAUAAGAGGCUACUUGAGACCAUUAUUAUACACAGGGCCUCAGAAACCAGAAACAGGAGGCUUCACAGGAGUGUACCCGAGGCAAGGAUGGAGAAGACGGGCACAACAAUGGAAUACAAUAAGGUUGUAGAGCUGCACCCAAGGUCCGAAGAUGUGGAGAGGUCUGUGUCUUCAAGAAGCUUACCAGAUGAAUCAGGUCGGAAAUCGGGGGUCCCGGAAACCUCCAUCCAUGGUGUCGAAGGAGGCUCAGUCGAAACUGCCAACACGGGUGGAGUUAUCUAUGGUGGGAUGGGAAACACGUAUAAUCUCAUUCAAGUUAGUUUAAAAGAAGAGGCCCUCACGGCCAUGAUCACUGGAAGGGGACUUGGGACACUGAAGAACAACAUUGCCCUAAGGUCUAACCAAGUAUCACUUGUGGAUACUACAGGUACUUCACUGAGUGAAACGAAAUCACGAGUCCGACUUGACAGCACGUCAAGUGACAAAGGCGUAACGGUCGAAGAUGGACAAAAAGCUGCCACAGAAGCUGCUGCAGAAGCUGUUGCAGAAGCUGUUGCAGAAGCUGUUGAGUCUGGCAACGACGGCGAUCAUAUCGACAACAUUAAAUCAUCCUUGGUCUCCAUCCUGGAAAGUACUAUGGGUAUAUUGUUUCGAAGAAGAGACACAUCUCAGCUUGAAGAAUGUAUGCCUGUUGUAGAGCUUCGCAGGCCUGAUGUGAUUCUUCAGUCCAAACGUCUUUCAGUAGACAGAUGUGAUGUAGAAACUGACUGUGAGAAUACAGACGACCUGGUGAAAAGUGGCUGGGUAAUUGUUUCACCAGAAGGAGAGAGGGCAUCAUGUUCCACGCCUGUUCUUCACGGGGAAAGUGCCGAUAAGUCUUCAGAUGCUUGCAGUAUUCCUUACCAAGUCAGAGUCAAUGAGCUUGCUACAAUACGCCAAUCUGAACGCGUCGAUGUUGACAAUACUGACCAUGCAGGGAUGCCUGUUCAAAUCCCAUUUGACACAGGUGGAAGCCAUCUGAAUGGUGGCACCGCAGAUUGCGCAUCUGCACAGUACGCGAGCAGCAAGCAUCCGGAUACAAAGGAGAUCCGACUCGGGAAUCAGGUCAAGGAAUGCACGACUGCACAUGAGAAUAUGGACUUCAAGAAAGGUGGAGAUGGCACGUCAACACGGGACGCCGCUGACGGAUGCUGGACUCCAGGAAUGGUUACAUCUAGACACACCAGGCGAGAGACAGAGACUGAGGAGAUGCUGCUCAAGCACCUGCUGGAGCAAUGGAAGCAGGUAGAUGAGCGCGACCGAGCCAUUGUUCAGGAACUUUUGAAUAGCGUCAUUCAUCAUGGAAAGCAUCAGUCAGAGGCACUGCGGAAACUGCUACCGAUGCUUCGGAACAUGUCACGUGAGAUAGCACCUGGUGGCCCCAUCCCUCAUAACCAGGUGGUGAAAGAUUCGUAUAUCAGGUUGUUCACAAAGGAACUGACAGAUAUAGAGUGUGACCUAUCUCAGAAAACCGCAACGAAUGUAGCGAACUAUAUUUUAACCAUUGGGAGAAACAACCCCAAAUCACUGUCGGAAAUUUGCAAUGAGAUGGACCGUCUUGAUCAGAUCAGCUAUGAAUGAGACUUUUAAUGCAGAAUGACAUUUCCUGUACCACGUGGGUUGAUUUAUGCGCUACGGCAAUUCGAUGUCACCAUAUUUAAUAUCCCAUCAUCAUGUAAACUAUAUAAUGUACCACGCAAAAUGCAUCAUGUACCAUUUCAAAUGCACCAUGUAAAAUGAAUCAUGUACAAUGUCUCAAAUAAAAUGCCUUCUUGAUAUAACACGUAAGAUUCCUUAGUUGUGUGAGGGGCGGUCGGGUAGCCUAGUGGUUAAAGCGUUCGCUCUUCGCGCCGAAGACCCGGGUUCGAAUCCCGACAUGGGUACAAUGUGUGAAGCCCAUUUCUGGUGUCCCCCGCCGUGAUAUUGCUGGAAUAUUGCUAAAAGCGGCGUAAAACAAUACUCACUCACUUAGUUGUGUGAGGGGCGGUCGCUACCGUAGAGCAGGUAAUGCUGACUCUUCGCGAACACCUGGUGUCAUAAAUGAUUUUCAGUGAUCCA